AUGUUUAGAUUUUUGUUGCUUUGCUACCUCUUUCUGGGAACAGCAUUUGCUGCGACUGGUGGAGAGCGACGAGUAAACCCAGAGAACUGUUUGAUAUGGGGACCUGGCCUAAAAGCCAAGGUUGUUCUGCCUGCCCGGUAUUUCUAUAUUCAGGCUGUGGAUUCCACAGGUCAGAAGUUCACUACCUCACCAGGUGAAAAGGUAUUCCAAGUUAAGAUCUCAGCCCCAGAUGAACAGUUUACUCGAGUUGGAGUACAGAUUUUAGACCGGAAGGAUGGCUCCUUCAUUGUGAGAUACAGAAUGUAUGCAAGCUAUAAAAAUCUAAAGAUAGAAGUUAAAGUCCAAGGGCAGCAUGUGGCUAAGUCUCCAUAUAUUUUGAAAGGGCCUGUCUACCAUGAGAACUGCAACUGUCCUACUGAAGAUAGUGCUACCUGGCUACAGGAGAUGAACUGCCCCCAAAGUAUCCCCCAGAUCCAGAGAGACCUUGCACCCUUCCCUACAGUGGAUCCAGAUAAGAUUUCAGUAGAAAUUCCGCAAAGGUUUGGACAAAGACAGAGCUUGUGUCACUACACCUUGAAAGACAACAAGAUUUAUAUCAAGACUCAUGGUGAACAUGUAGGUUUUAGGAUUUUCAUGGAUGCCAUCCUACUUUCUUUGACCAGAAAAGUGAAAAUGCCAGAUGUUGAGUUUUUUGUUAAUUUAGGAGAUUGGCCUUUGGAGAAAAGGAAAUCCAAUGCAAACCUCCAUCCCAUAUUUUCCUGGUGUGGAUCUACUGAUUCCAAAGAUAUUGUGAUGCCAACCUAUGACUUGACUGACUCUGUUUUAGAAACUAUGGGCCGAGUGAGUUUGGAUAUGAUGUCUGUCCAGGCUAACACAGGACCCCCAUGGGAGAACAAAAAUACUACAGCCCUCUGGAGAGGAAGAGACAGCAGGAAAGAAAGACUUGAACUUGUAAAACUCAGUAGAAAACACCCAGAACUCAUAGAUGCUGCUUUUACCAACUUUUUCUUCUUUAAACAUGAUGAAAGUUUAUAUGGUCCCAUUGUGAAGCACAUUUCAUUUUUUGAUUUCUUUAAGCAUAAGUAUCAGAUUAAUAUCGAUGGUACAGUUGCAGCAUACCGGCUGCCUUAUUUACUCGUUGGUAACAGUGUUGUACUAAAGCAAGACUCUAUUUAUUAUGAACAUUUUUAUAAUGAGCUGCAACCCUGGAAACAUUACAUCCCAGUGAAAAGCAACCUGAGUGAUCUUUUGGAAAAACUUCAGUGGGCUAAAGACCAUGAUGAAGAGGCAAAAGCAAUAGCCAAGGCAGGGCAGGAAUUCGCAAGGGACAACCUCAUGGGUGAUAACAUAUUUUGUUAUUACUUCAAGCUUUUCCAGGAAUAUGCUAGUUUACAAGUGACUGAACCCAAAGUUCGAGAUGGCAUGGAGAAAGUGGAAUCUCAGUCUGAAGAUGACCUCUUUCCCUGUAACUGUCAUAGAAAAAAGGCCAAAGAUGAACUAUGAAGUUAAGAAACGUCUUUUCUUGGAAUGUUGGUGCUCAGAAAAGUUCCUUAAGAAAAAAAGAUGAUUUUUAUUACACUACUUAAGUGAACAACAAGAAACACUUUGCAGUGCAAUAUUUCAAAUUAUGAAAAGACAAUUUUUUUAUUAUAUGCAGUGUUAUUAUCAGGACUUUUUGUUUA